UCCUCAAAUUUAUUUUUUCCUCCUAUUUUUGCGUUGUAGGUGCGAAGCAUGCAAGCUUCAUCGGCGUGUGUAACCAAGGUUCCAGUUGCAGUUCGCGUAAAGGCGCAGCACACAACCGUGAAGAAGCAGUCCAUGGCGGAAACCACCGUUCCUAAGUGGGCCCAGAAGACCAUCACUUUGCCUCCUCUUAAGCGUGGCUGUCAUCUCGUUACUUCCAAGAUAGUGAAAGACAUUGAGCAAGACCUCUCUGGAUUCAGAUGCGGCCUAGCUCAUCUCUUCUUGCAACACACGAGUGCUUCUCUUACCAUCAACGAGAAUUACGACUCUGAUGUCCGCGACGAUACUGAAACCUUCCUUAAUAGGAUAGUUCCCGAGGGAUCAUCUGCGCCUUGGAAGCACACACUAGAGGGCCCAGAUGACAUGCCGGCUCAUAUUAAAUCAUCGAUGUUUGGUUGUGCACUCACGAUACCAAUCACAAAUGGAAAGCUUAACAUGGGAACAUGGCAGGGUAUAUGGCUUUGUGAGCAUCGGGAUGAUCCUACGUCGCGAAGAGUUGUUGUCACUCUUAAUGGAAUGUGAAGUGCUAAGAUCUAUUUGCUUUACUUCACUUUCGAAAGUAUGACCAAGACAAACUCGCACUGGAAUCUGUUAAUGUGCUGUAUAUUUUACCUUUUUGUCGGAUGUAAUUUGAGUACCUUGCUAUGGACGCAACUAUAAAAGUGUUAUGACCAUUUAAUGAGCAUAUGCAUUCCGAGUAAUAAUAAUAAUAAUAAUAAUA